UUUACGCCCACUGGAUCCAGAAGAGUUUCGUCUGCAAUAUUUUCCUGGUUCUUUUUUCUGAGGCUACCGUAACUCCCCUUUUAUUAAACUAAAUUUUCCCGGACUAUCGGUGCGCGCCCUCACUAUUCCGCCAUCUUGGCUCCGCCCCCGGGUGUUGUGUUUUAUCAAAUGCUUUCUAUGCAUCUAUUGAGAUAAUCAUAUGAAUUUUAUUCCUUUUGUUAGUGUGAUGUAUUGUCUAUUGAUUUUUAUGUGCCAAACUAACCUUGUAUCCCUGGGAUAAAUUUCCCCUUGUUUUAGGUGGAUGAUCUUUUUGAUGAGUUAGAUUUUAUUAGCUAGCAUUUGGUUGAGGAUUUUUACAUCAAACCAUCUUCUUUUGUAACAUCAGACACAGAGGUGACAGCUUUGCAUAGAUUAUUUUAUCAGCUUGCACAAUUGUGUAAGGUCAAAGUCCUGUUAUAAAAUCUGUUACAUGUGUUUGUAUGUGUAGAAAUUUCUUAGUGGCUUAGCAUCCCUGCUAAAACUCAGGGUGAUAGCAUAAGCAAGCCAGUAAACACAUCUGUUGUGCUGAUCUCUGUAUCUGUCUUUCUAUGUAAAUUAUUUACUUUGGAUGAUGAGAAGAGACCCUUGUCUGGAAGGUGGUACUGAAUAGAGUCUGGAUAUUCUGAAAUUGCAGAGUGAUCAUAUUUAUGAACAAAGCUUUUAAAUGAUCACUGACUCUAUUUUAAAAAGUUUCUUUUAAUUAUUAGAGUUGUUGAAUACUUGGAGAAAAAAUUAUUUCUUCAAUGGAAAGAUGCUUUUCUUCAGACAUUCUGGACCCUACUAUUUUGGUAUCACACUUCAUCUCCACUCCCUGUUUCCCCAGGGUUUGUGAAAGGGGACAUGUGGCAGAGGAAUCAGACCUCCCUGGCAGACUUCAUCCUUGAAGGGCUCUUUGAUGACUCCCUCACCCACUUUUUUCUUUUCUCCUUGACCAUGGUGGUCUUCUUCAUUGCAGUGAGUGGCAACACCCUAACCAUUCUCCUCAUCUGUGUGGAUUCCCGGCUUCAUACACCAAUGUACUUCCUGCUCAGACAGCUCUCCCUCAUGGACUUGAUGCAUGUUUCCACAACCAUCCCCAAGAUGGCUGCCAACUACCUAUCUGGCAAGAAGUCCAUCUCCUUUGUGGGCUGCGCAAUCCAGCACUUCCUCUAUUUGUCUCUAGGUGGUGCCGAAUGUCUUCUCCUAGCUCUCAUGUCCUAUGACCGCUAUGUUGCCAUCUGUCACCCCCUACGUUAUUCUGUGCUCAUGAACAGAACGGUGGGACUGAUGAUGGCGGUCAUGUCAUGGUUGGGUUCGAGCAUAAACUCCCUAAUCCACACAAUGAUUUUGAUGUACUCCCCUUUCUGUGGGCCUCGGAGGAUCCACCACUUCUACUGUGAGUUUCCAGCUGUUGUGAAGUUGGUCUGUGGUGACAUCACUGUUUAUGAGACCACAGCAUAUAUCAGCACCGUCCUACUUCUCCUCCUCCCCAUCAUCCUGGUUUCUACAUCUUACAUCUUCAUCCUCCACAGUGUCAUUCAGAUGCGUUCAGCUGGAAGUAAGAGAAAUGCCUUUGCCACUUGUAGCUCUCACUUCACCGUGGUUUCCCUGUGGUUUGGGGCCAUCAUCUUUUCAUACAUGAGGCCCAGAUCCCAGCGCACUCCACUGCAAGACAAAGUUGGAUCUGUCUUCAGUAGUAUCAUCACUCCCACACUGAAUCCUCUGAUUUAUACUCUUCGGAAUAAGGAUGUAGCCAACGCUCUGAGGAGAGUACUGAGGAGAGAUGUUACCACUGAGUGACCAUAAUGAUCUCCCCAAGGACAGAGUGGAUCGGAUAAUCCUCUCAAAGUUUCUAGCUAAAUCAUUGACAGUUUCCAAGUACCCAGAUUGCUGAUGCUCUGAGUCUCUGAGUAUGUGAGAAUGACAUAGUUGACACAGAAUUCCACUAAUCUAACUUGGUGUCAGGUACUCAAGCAACAUAGUUUACUUUUCUGGAAUCCUUUAGAGACAAUGGGAAAAAGUUUUAUACCAUUACGUUUCCCCUCUGGAAAAACUUUAUUCACUGAACACUUCACUCAGUGUAGCUCCACAUUCAUUGACUCUUCAGUUUGAGUUUUCUUUGCUUGAAUCUUUUCAUCAUUUUGACCUCUUUGAUGUUGGAUUGCCUCAUACGUAGUCCUAAGACUUCCUUCACUGUUUUCAUUGAUUUACCAAGUAAUCUUGUGUAUUUAAGUUUAUGUUUCCAUUCUUGCCUUUCCUCUAAAUUUGUGACUUAUAUAUUAAAUUUAUAACACCACAUUUCCACUUGACCAUCUGAUAAAUAAAUCAAACUUAAUAGAUCAAAACUAAAACUCACCACUACAUAUGCUUGUAUCUCCUAAUGAUUCCCAUUUAAGUAAAUGUUGCCAAAUAGUUACAUCUAUUAAGCAAGAAACCCUGAUAUAAUUUGCACUCUUUCCUCUCACCUACCACAUCCUGUUGGCUCUAUCAAAAUAUUCUCCAAAUAUGAGUGUUAUGCUUGUGUCUUCCCAAAUUAGUGUUGAAAUUCUAACCCCCAGUAUUGUGAUAUAAGGGGGUGAGGCUUUUGAGAAGUGAAGGUCAUGAAGUGAUGGGAUAUCACCCCUAUAGAAAAGUCUCCAGAGAAUCUCUUGCUCCUUCCUGCUAGAGCUCUCUUACUCAGGGUGAGAAGAUGGCCAUCUAGAGCCAGGAAGCAGCCCCCAGCAGGCACCAAAUCUGCCAGCACCUUGAUCUUGUGCUUUCCUGCCUCAGAAACUGGGGGAAAUAUAUAUUUGUCGGUUAAAUCAUCAAGGCUAUGCUAUUUUUUUAAAAAAAGAUUUAUUUAUUUG